AUGAUGAGCCACCGACAACCAGGAGGAGCACAGCAGACAGCCAAGUCGUCCAAAAAGCUUGAGUUUGUGCGUGAAAAGCCACAUCUUUUGCUGGACCCGUGCCAUAAAGCCUCCACGCAGACGCGUGUCCCUCCACUUGGGGUGCGAACCCAUGUUCCCAUGAAGUUUGGCAAAGUGCUGCAGCAGUCGACGCAGAUGUCGCCGAGUGCGUGGGGGCCCUACUGGGCGGACUACAAGCUGCUCAAGAAGAUCAUCAAGGACUGCGCCCAGAUCAAGAAGGAGGAGAAGCUCCAGGGGGACAAACUGGUCAAGAUCAAGAUCAAACCAUCGGCGAAAGAGGACAACGACAGCAUCCGUCAGUCGCAGGACGAGAUGAAUUUCUUUCGCACCUUGCGCGUGGAAAUCAAGAAGAUCGCCGACUUUUUUAUCCAAGAGCAAGCGAAGCACACGAGUCAGGUGGCGGCUAUUGACACUAGCUUCCAACAGCUCAAGACAAACCUCGAGUCAGCGGAAGCCAAGACAGCACUUAUGAAGAACUGCGUGGCGCUCUACAAGGAGCUGCUGCUGCUUGAGAACUUUGCCGUGAUGAACUUUUGCGGCAUCUCGAAGAUUUUAAAAAAGCAUGACAAGUGGACGGGAUAUGCCACACGCAAUAAGUUCAUGCACAUGAUUCUGAUGAAGCAACCGUUCGCCACGUACGAGCCGCUGUUGCAAAUGAUCGACCGUUUGGAGCAUAUUUUUGUGCAGGCAACAGGAUCGAGCAUCGAGCAGCAUGAUGCACAGAAGUCGUCUUCUCGACGCGACGGUGAUGGCAACUCGUCCUCGUCAUCACCAGGUGAGGCACCUGGUGGCGCAGGAUCCGCGUAUGAUGGUGGUGCAGAAAAGGAUGCUGCUUUCUCGAGCAACAAUGGCUCGUCGAACCACUCUCCUUGCCACACACCACCAGGCGCUAGUGGUGGAGGUCGUGGCAGACGCACAGAUACAGCCGCAGUCGAUGAUACUUCCCCACGGUUCGAAGACGUGGUUACGUUAGUGCGAGUGAACGCGCUUCGAGAUGAUGUGCGAGAGCUGAAAAAGAUCGAGUGCGCGUACGACGGCGAUGGCGAAUAUGAGGAUAACCCGGACGAUUCAGGUUUCCCUGACGACGAUGCAGAAGCAUCUUCCGUGCGCUUUGAUGACCAUUUUCAACCGGAACAAAAGAGUAUCGUGCUUCCGUUGCCGUCGCGAGUUGCUCCAGCGGAGAACCAUUCCGACAGCGAUGCUGCUGUGAUUGCAAUGCUUUCCAUGAAAGAGAGCGCAAGCUUGCAAGGAUCUGGAGUCAGCAGCGACAGCGGCGACAGUUCCACCACAAGUCACCGUACGCGAAGUACCAAGCGCAAGGCUUGCGCACCGCUAGUUAUGGAAGGCAAACGCAAGAUGAGCGUCACGGCAAUUCUCAACUAG